AUGAUAUCUUCUAGAGUCCAAGGCACUUUACCCAGCAAUACCGAAGCAAAUCCAAGAGAGCAGGUGCAAGCCAUUACUUUGAGGAGUGGCAAGGAUCUGCAAGAGGUGGAGAAGAAGGCAAAGGAAGAAGGCCAGGUGAGUGCAACCCUAGAAACCGAAAAGAAGGAGGAAGAGCAAUCUGAUUCAAAGAAAGAGAAAAGUCAACAGCCGCAAAUGCCACACUUUGCAAAGUUCCUGAAUGAGAUAUUGGCAAACAAAAGGAAACUGGGAGACGUGGCUACAGUUGCACUGAAUGAAGAAUGCUCAGCAAUCCUCCUUAAUAAGCUGCCUCAAAAACUGAAAGAUCCAGUGAGUUUCACUAUUCCUUGCACUAUAGGCAGUUUGAAAAUUAAUAAGGCAUUGUGUGAUUUAGGAGCUAGUAUAAAUUUGAUGCCAUAUUCGGUUUUCAAGAAAUUAGGGUUGGGUGAACCCCAACCCACUAGAGUUGCAUUGCAGUUAGCUGAUAGGUCCAUCAAGCAUCCUAGGGGAAUCAUAGAAGAUGUACUUGUUAAGGUUGAUAAAUUCAUUUUUCCAGUAGACUUCAUAGUGUUAGACAUGGAAGAGGACGUUGAUGUCCCACUUAUCCUAGGGCGACCCUUCCUAGCUACAGGAAAGGCAACGGUUGAUGUCCAAAAAGGACAACUCAGCCUUAGGAUUCAAGAUGAGAAAGUAACUUUUAAAAUGUCUGAUGCUAUGAAGCAUGCAUCUUCUAUUGAUGAUUCAUGUUGUAUGAUAGAUGUCAUUGAUUAUGCGGUUGGUGGAUGUUUUCAAGUCAACGGUCAGCACCUCAAACCAUAUAUAGCGGAUGGAGCAUUGCCUACCCCACCAACUGUGUACCUAGAUGUUCAUUGA